UGGCGAAAUAAGUUUGCCUCAAUUUUCUUCAGCGGAAGUUCCCAAGAAGCAGUUGGUGAAUGAGCAGCCAGUUCCUCGAGAAUCGAGGAUGUGGGUGUUGGUUAUUGAAUCCGAUGCUGAACACUGAAUUUCCAGUCACUGUUUUGAAGAAAAAAGUUUCUUAUCCUCCUUCUCGUGGGUACCAAUAACAGUUAAUUUUGUCUCACGACAGCGACAAAGAGAUAGAAGUUGAUUCCAUAUCCUAGACUUCGGAGGCGGAGGUAGCCUUUUUGGCUACGGGUUCAUCUGAACCCAUAACUUUUGACACGGAGUAUAGUUAUAUAUGUAAAAAUUUAUUAAAAUCUCAACAAAUAUUAGAUAUGAACCCAUAAUUUUAAUAGUACAAUGAGUUCAAUAAAAAAAAGUUGAACCGAUUUAAUUUAAAUCUUGGAUCUGCCUCUGCUAGACUUCACAUUCUAGUUAUUUGCAAAUUUAAGUUGUUUCACCGUAUUGAGUUUGGGGGAGCAUGUUGAAAUUCAAGCGAAUUAAUGAUAUUAUAUGUAUCUAAAUUGACAAAAAAGUGGGCUCAAGCAUGAUGAUAUGGAUAUAUCAUAAUAUUCUCUAAGGAUACUUUAGAAUAUUUUGCUUUCAAUUAAUAUUUCAUAACUAGGAUACCGUAGAAUAUUCAGCAUUGAUAAGUAUUUACUCACUUUGUUAGGAGUAGAAUAUAACUUCUGACUACAUUGCAUAUAACCUUAAACUUCUACAUAAGGAGCUCUUCUUGUAGAUUAUAUUUAAUGAGUCAAUAAAAGUGUUCUCUCUUCUUCCCUCUCUUUUCACAGGUAUAAUUAAGUAUUCUUUCCAUUGUGUGUGGUAGGACUGGUGUUAUUCUUUUCCUCACUGUUUUUUUGUUCAGCGUGUGGCAAUUAGCUCAAGCUAUUCUAUAAAGUUUAUAUGGCAGAUGGUUUAUUAGUGGCAUUUGUUCUGGUUUGGUACGUGUGCGGUGCAUGCGUGCUUCCAUUUUCUCAUGAUUGUUCUGUGAUAGAGUGUCCUUGGUGAUCUCUUAAAUUUUUGGACAAGACUUCGAUGUGUUUUUGGUUAUACAUUGAUCAAUUUAUUAUAGAUUGGUUUCCGAAAUACUUUAGACUGUUGUCUACAUUGUAUCUUUUGCAGCAAAGACUUUGUAAUGUAUGUUGGAGGUCUAGUGUGGGGAAUGGACUGGUGUCCCCGAGCUUAUGAAAAUAAGGAUGCUCCUAUCAAUAGUGAGUUUGUCGCAAUUGCUUCUUAUCCUCCUGAUUCAUCAUACAGCAAGAUUGGUGCCCCACUUACAGGCAGAGGUGUAAUUCAGAUAUGGUGUCUGUUAGAUCUCAUUCAAAAAGAUUUAAUUUUGAAAGAAGAUUUGUUAGCUCAGGGUAACAAAAAGAGAAAUCGAAAUUGGACAAAAAAUGAAGCAGAUAAAGGAGAAACAUCUGGACCUCGAAAACCAAGAGGAAGACCGAGAAAGAAGCCUAUAACUGAAUCUCUAGGUGAUAGAGAUUGUGAUGACCACAAUUUACAACCUCUUGCUAUAGAGUACCCGCAGCAAUCAACAGAACUUUCUGUAGAUUUGUCUUGUGAAAAUAGGAAGAAAGCCCGAGAAGAUUUGGGGCAAAAUCAAGAAAGAUCCAUUGUUGUGGCAUCUCUAGAUUCUCAGCUUACUGCUUCAAAUAGGAGAGGCAUGAGAAACAAGGCAAGAUCAAAAGGUCAAACCGAGAAUUCUGGUGUGAUUCCGCUAACACAAUAUAUUGCUGAAGAGUCUCCAGUUGUGAGUUCCCAGACAUAUGCUAGCAGUGGUCUUGUUUCAGCUGGGUCUAAUAAGAGUGGUGCCACCGCAAAGAAAAGAAAGAAAGAAAAAGAAAGGACGGAAAACCAAACCCAUGAUUCUUCCUCGGAUUUGCUAACACAAGAUGUGGAUAAAGAAUCUCUCAACAUGUCCCAAACACCUGAUAGCCAUGGCAUUGUUUCAUCACAGUUUGAUGAGAAUGGUUCUCAUGUAAUUCAACAAAUACCAACAGAUGUUUCUCUACCUAGACUGGUAUUAUGUUUAGCUCACAAUGGAAAAGUAGCAAGGGAUGUUAAAUGGAGGCCUUUAAAUCACUGGGAUGUCUCCACACAUAGAAUGGGUUAUCUUGCUGUGAUAUUGGGAAAUGGAGCUUUAGAAGUGUGGGAGGUUCCUUUUCCUCAUAUAAUUAAAGUUUUUUAUCCUUCUGUUCAAAAGAAGGGCACUGACCCUCGUUUCUUGAAAUUGCAACCUGUAUUCAGAUGUUCAAUGCUGAAGUGUGGUGAUCGGCAGAGCAUUCCCUUAACAGUGGAGUGGUCUGCUUCACCUCCGCAUGAUAUGAUUCUCGCUGGAUAUCAUGAUGGAGUGGUUGCCUUGUGGAAGUUUUCAGCCAAUAAUUCAUCUAAAGACACAAGGCCUUUGCUUUGCUUCAGUGCAGAUACAGUUCCUAUUCGGGCUCUUUCCUGGGCACCGUUUCAAAGUGAUUCUGGGAGUGCAACUGUUAUCAUCACAGCUGGUCACAAGGGGCUGAAAUUUUGGGACUUACGGGAUCCCUUCCAUCCUUUGCGGGAGUAUAAUGUAGGCCAGGGAGUUAAUAUAUGCAGUGUGGAUUGGUUGCCAGAGCCAAGAUGUAUUAUAAUAUCAUGUGAUGAUGGGACACUAAAGAUCCUUAGCUUGCCGAAGGCUGCAUAUGAUGUACCUGUCACAGGAAACUUUUUAGUUGGGACUAAACAGCAGGGAUUCCAUAGUUUCUCUCGGUCUCUACUUGCGAUAUGGAAUGUGCAAGCUUCCCGAGUAACAGGCCUGGUUGCAUAUUGUGGGGCAGAUGGUACAGCUGUUCGGUUUCAGCUGACUAGCAGAAUGGAGAAUGAUGCUGUGAGGAAUCGCACCCCACAUUUUCUCUGUGGAUCAUUUUCCGAGGAUGAAUCAGGUAUCAGCGUCGUUACUCCAGUGCCAAAUUCUCCCUUUCGAACGUUCUACUCAGGGAAACAGUGGCGCGAUACCAUCUCAAGAUUUCCACAUGGUGUCAAUUCAGUCCCAAAUCAGGAGAAACGAGCGAUGGAGCAAUCAGAUGAACAGCCUCUGGCUCUAUGUUAUGGCAAUGAUCCGAACGUUGAAGGAGGAUCAGAUGACGAGUUAGUGGCUCAGAAGAGUAAACAGGCAUCCAAAGCAAAAACAAAAACCACGAGCAAGAAACCGAAAGCAUCAGAUUGUGCUCUUAUAUGCAAUGAAGAAGAACCAACAAGAUUGAGAGAGAAACUUGAAGAAUUGCCUCCCAAAGAUGUAUCGAUCAAUCGGGUAAGAUGGAAUAUGAACAGAGGCAGUGAGAGAUGGCUAUGCUAUGGAGGAACGGCCGGGCUGGUACGCUGUCAACAGAUUGAUUUAUCGUCUGUUUGAAUAACCUCACAGGAGGAUGUAGAUUGUAAGCUUGUAUUAUUAGUAAUUUAUCAUGUCAUGUGUACACUAUUUGUGGUUAACCCCUCAUAGUUUAUGUAUGUAUAUUAGCAAUUUCAGUAGUAGUACUGGGGUUUAUUGAGCAUUUUCCAGGGACCACAGCGCUAAGAAAUAUUCAUCGGCAACUCUAAUACUC